AUGAUAUUCAUUAUUGAAUUGUUUUAGAUGUUCCGUAUCAGUGAAGAACCUUGUUUAACCUUCUGUUUUAGACCAUCAUUGGCAGUAAUUGGCACAGCAUAAAACUGAAACUUCCCGAUGAGAUAUCUGGAUGGAAAAUAGAAUUUAGAACAAUGGAGCUUCAGUUGACCGACUUUGAAAAUGCUGCUCUUGUUGUGUUCAUGCUUCUUCUCACUCGAGCCAUUGUUACUUUCAAACUGGACCUUUUGAUCCCAAUAACAAAGGUUGAGGAAAACAUUUCAAUUGCUCAAAAGCGUGAUGCCAUCAAUAAAGAAAAGUUUUACUUCAAGAAAGAUAUUCACAAAGACUUUGCUGGCUGUGAACUCACUGAUGAUAUUUACACCUUGAUGACUAUAAACGACAUUAUGAACGGAAAGGACGAUUUCCCUGGUUUCAUUCCUCUCAUACACAAAUAUCUUGAUUAUAUUGACUACGAUGCCAAUGGCAGACCUCAGAUAACGCAGUACCUGAAAUAUAUCUCAGACAAAGCUGCAGGAAAGAUAAUGACAAUGGCCCAAUGGACAAGGCAGUUUGUUAGAAACCAUGACGAUUACAAGAAUGAUUCUGUUGUCAGCGAGAGAAUCGCUUAUGAUUUUAUGAUGGAAUGUGAAAAGAUUAUCAACAAUGAAGAAGGAUGUCCACAAGUAUUUAUCAAGGGAUAAGAAAUAUUCCAACGACUUUGUCUUGUGUUUAAUUAAUUUACUUAAUUAAUUAUACAGAAAAUAUAAUCUACAUAACCGAAAUAAUUUUAUAGCGAAACAAGAAAUAUGUGUGUUUGACCUCGUGUGUACCGUUGACGAUUUUUUUCCCCUCUGUCUUCCCUUCUCCUGUGUUUCCGAUGAAGAGCUCCGCUCGAAACGUUAAAUCCCCCUU